AUGCACAUAGGAACCAAAUCAUUAGCUGAUAUAUAUAUAUAUAUAUAUAUAUUGAUAGCUCAUUGCUUUUGUUUGUCCUGUGAAGGUAUUGCUUUAGAAGGUGAAAGAGUUAAUAAUAUUAUUUUAUAUUUACCCAUAAAUGAGGGCGAUAUAUUCCACAGUUGUUUUGUGUCUAAAUUAUAUUUUUUUUGGCUUAACCUUAUUUAUUACAUAGAUUUUCACAGAUAG